AGAAAAACUGCCGACAGCACGCAUUGUUCUUGUGCAAGUCAUCUCCUACUGCAGUGCGGAUAUGCUCAGGCGUUGUGUUCAUAUCAUGAAACAUGUACAGUGAAUGUGUUACAACCCAACCUUAUGUUAGUGCUGCACACUGUAGAGGAAUACUGUAGUAAAUGAGAGAAACGCCGCGUUAUUUUCAAGAAGAUUGAGAUGCAUGUUGCCAAGUAAACGCACGUCACACGUGCCUUUACUUAUAACUUCUGACAGUUCCGAAUGCUGUGCGUAACACUCUAAGAGGGAAACAUUCUCUGCUAAAAGCGAUAUGGCGGACCAGGAGAAGGAGAACAAUAUUACUGAAGAAAAUUCCGAGGAAUCCAAAUCGGACAAAUGGACACCAGAGAGUCUACAGCGCCUAUUAGCGGACGCCAUUACACACCAGCUUCCAUUAGAAGAUAUAGAACAUAUUUUAAAUGGCGGUGGAAACGUUAAUGGAAGUGUGACGAAAGGUCUGCGUCCAUUGCAUUAUGCUACAUUCGUCAAUUCGAAAGAAUGCGUUCAGUUUUUGAUUAACCGUGGUGCAUCCGUUAAUCUAACGGACGACAUCGGUUAUACGCCACUCCAUAUAUGUGCAAGAAAGGGUUACCACAAUGUCAUGAAAGUUUUGACGGAAAAUGGAGCUAAAAUUAAUUUCUGUUCAGAGGAUGAUAAGGACGUUGAAGAAUCCAGCCGUUCUUUGGGUUACCUGACAUUCGAACCUUUGAACAUUGCAAUAGAUCAUAACCACAUCGACUGCGUCCAACUUCUGCUUGAAAAUGGAGCUCGUGCUGACAACAAAUAUCUCAUGGGGUACGAGAUCAACUUAGUGCCACUAGACCAUCUUUAUUGUUUGAAGCUACUCAUAGAUCAUGGCGCGAAUCCAAAUGCCUGCAAUCGAUGUGGAAUAGCCCCUCUUAUGAAAGCUUGUAGAGAACAGAAUGUAAAUGCUGUAAAAUUUCUGUUAGAACAUGGAGCUGAUACUGAAGUAGAAUGUCCACCUCGGUUCGAACAAAAAAGGGCUAUUCAUUUCGCAGUUCAGAUUGGAAAUUUGGAAAUCACGGAAAUCUUGCUUCAAAAUGGGGCAUCCAUACACCGCUCCGAAAAUUACAGAUACAGUCCACUACACGAGGCAAUAUUGAAAGGUCAAAAGGAGAUAUGCAAAUUAUUACUGAAAUACGGAAGUGACGUCAAUGAGAGGACAGAAAAUAAUGCAACACCACUCAUGUUAGUCUGUGGUACAGAGGGCCUAAAGAAUAGAAGACAUGUGCUCGAAAUACUUCUCAAUAGCGGAGGAGAUGUAAAUGCGUUCUCAGAUCGUGUCAGUUAUACUCAUCCAUAUUUACCGCCUCUCACCGAAUAUCUCAAACUCAACGAGGAAAAUACAGAUUUUGAAAUUAUUUCAAUUCUUAUCCAGAAUGGGGCUCGGGUUAGUUUUCGUGGAACCCGUGGCGUGAUACAUUUAAGAGAUCCAUACGGUAUAUUAUCUUUAUUGAAGAAGUUUCCACCGAAAGAAAACGUAUUGAGUUUGCUAGUUGAAGCUGCGUUUUACAUUGACGUGGGAAGUAUUGAACAAGCUGACUGGUUAGCGCCUGACAUUAAACAGUGCUUGGUAAACUUGGGAAGUAGCCCAAGAGAGCUUAAACACCUCAUUAGAUUAUCUUUACAUAAAUUACUCUCAAUAUGUUUUCCUAGCAAGGUAGAGAAACUUCCUAUACCUCCGCUAUUAAAAUCAUACUUGAUGUUUAAUUUGUAAUAGUAAAUUUUAUUGCAAAUACAAAGACUCGUCUAAAAAAACUGAAGUGGCUUUUUCGUAUAUAUAUUUUUUAUAUAUUAAAGAAUGUAUGAAAAAAUA